UCUUCUCUUUCACCCACUAGCUACUUUUUUCUUGGCAAAUUUGAACCAAAGGGACAGAGAAAAUAAUUUUUCCAAGAAAAGCCAAACAGAUCCUGAGAGAAGAUAGUUAGAGAAAAUGAAUAUCCUUUGCCCUGAAAGUGUUUCAGCCAAGUGGAAAAAAGUGAUAAUCAGAAAGCUUCUUCAGGGUCAGAAGGCUGCAACACAGCUCAAGGUUCUGCUUGAAAAGCCAUUUGAGGAUGAUGAGUCUCUCUCCUCUAAAGAACUCGUGGCCAGUGUACUGAGAUCUUUCACCGAGGCUCUUUCUGUCAUAACUUCUUCCUCAGAACCCGGUGGUGAUGGUGAGGUAGCUCAUCAGAAUCUGCUGAAUUCCGGCGAGGAUGGGUCUCCAUUAGCGUCUGGAGAUUCCGGUGAGAGUAGGAAGAGAUCCUCGCCGGCCAGAAAGGGUGGGAGAGGUUGCUACCAAAGAAGGAAGGGUGCACAGACAAGAACCACACUCUCCCACACCACCAAUGAUAAUUAUGCAUGGAGGAAGUACGGACAAAAGGGAAUCCAGAAUUCCAAAUUCCCCAGGAGUUACUUCAGGUGCAGUCACAAGCUUGAUCAAGGUUGCAAAGCAACCAAACAGGUGCAGCUGACACAAGAGAAUCCUGAUAUGUACCAAAUUAUGUACAUUGGCAUUCACACAUGUAAAGCCACCCCCAAUGCUACACAUUUGGUAACAUAUUCUAGUACUGGGGAAUCAUUUAUUCUGAAUUCUGAUCCUGACUCAAAGAUACCAAAUGAACAGGAUCACCAUAUUAGCUCCCCAAGCCUAACUAUAAAACAAGUAUAUCUCAAAGAAGACAAUUCGAGUGAUGUUACAGAUCACAUGUUGGAUCGUAGCCUGUUGUCGGAUUUGAAGGAUUUUGAAGCCUACAAGCCUGUCAUUAUGCCUUUAAAAGUGGAAUCUGUUAAUACAGAUUCAUGUACAGUUUCUCAACAUUUGGACAUAGAUCUCCAGGUGGAGUCUGUUCAUUUUGGCACUGACUUCCACUUUGAUGAGAGUCAGUUGCUUUCCUGCUUUGAUUAGAUUCCUAAGAUUAAUUGUUUAGAUUAGGAUUUUGAUCAUCUCAUUUUUCUUAAUAACAUGAUUGUAUUGUGUUUUGAGAGAGAGAAAAAAAAAACACAGUUUGUGUGUGUAGGGACUAAAGUUACCCGUGCAAGGGUUCGUCCUUCAUGCACAAAAGUACUUAUUUUUCUCUCUUACAACUAUAACACUUUCAUGUUUUUAUGAAAAAUGAAAGGAUACAAAUCCGAUAAAUUUAGAUACUGGAUUUUCGUUUUUCACAGUUUCCUCCUCUAUGAGAGUGUGUCACUUUGAUCUUUCUCAGUUGCAUAAAUAAUUAAUCAAUCUCAUGGAAUGUAUGUCUGUAUGUGCUUUGUAAAAAAAUUAUGAACAA